AUGGUGUAUUUAACGGAGCAAGAGUUCGGGACAAUAAAUGAUGAAGUCGUGAAGAAGUAUACUUGGAGAACUGACAGCGGGUUUUCACUAAGUGCCAUAUCUUUUGGCGCCAUUGUCCAGAGCCUUCAGGUGCCCGACAAAGACGGCAAUAUUAACGACGUAGUCCUUGGCUUCAAUGACCUCAAGAGUUACGUAGAGAGGAACAUAAAGAAUUUCGGUGGAGUCAUCGGGAGAUGCACCAAUAGGGUCGCGGAGGGAACCAUACAGAUUGAUGGGGUCACUCAUCGUCUUACGAAAAAUAAGGACGGACAUCAUGUGCAUGGCGGGAAUUUGGCUUUUGAUAAGGUUAACUGGAGUUCCACCGUAGACGGCACCCGUGUGGUAUUCAGUAGGCUCUCAAAAGAUGGUGAAGAAGGCUACCCUGGGGACCUGAUGGUGAACAUCACAUAUGAAGUGAAGGAUGAUGACACUUGGUACAUAGAGUAUACCGCCAGCUCCACUAAGAAGACCAUCAUCAAUAUGACAAACCAUUCAUACUUUAAUUUGGCGGGACACGAGAGUGGAGCUGAAGGCCUAUAUAACCAUCUGGUUACUAUGAAUUGUGAUAAAGUGGUAGAAGUAAGAUCCGACUGGGUGCCAACUGGCCGACUCCUGCCCGUCGGAGGAACUCCAUUUGACCUUAGAAGUCCCAAACGCCUCGGAGAUAUUAUAGAAAAUUCCCAGAAUCUUUUCCACCACAAUUUGUGUGUGACGAAGAAUGGUAACAAGGGUCUAAACUUCCUUUCCCGCGUCUACCACCCACCAUCAGGCCGCUUCAUGGACGUCUACAGCGAUCAGCCCAGUAUUCUCUUUUACAAUGCGAAUUAUUUCCCCACUAAAGAAGAAGCUGGGAUUGUCGGAAAAGAUGGCGCUAGUUACCGCCGUCACGCAGGAACGUGUAUAGAAACACAGAAUUACAUAGAUGCUGUACAUCAUCCUUCCUUCCCUACUGUUAUUUUGAAACCUGGCGACAUUUAUAAACAGAAGACGGAGUACAGAUUCGGUGUUGUAAAACAAAAUGGAGUUGUUGCGCCGGCGUAA